GGCCGAGGAAAUCAGGAGAAGCUCCGGGGAAAGGCAGCGGGCAGGAGCCCGUCCAGGUGCCGCCGGGACUGGAGGGCACGGGGAGACGGGUGCCACGGCAAUCCCUGAGAGCUCCCUGGGUGUCUUUUAAAAAUGGUCAAGGGGAGCAUAGUCCCUGAAGACAUCCUGAGCUUCUGUUGCGAUGGCCUCCAGGGCUCCACCUCGUGCAGCCGGGAGCCGGGGGAGCGCGAGGAGGCGCCGGGGGCCAUGGGGAGCCGCAGCCCCACGGAGGUGCAGAUGAGCCAGCUGGUGCUGCCCUGCCACACCAACCACCGCGGCGAGCUCAGCGCCGGGCAGCUGCUCAAGUGGAUCGACACGGCUGCCUGCCUCUCGGCCGAGAGGCACGCCGGCUGCCCGUGCGUCACCGCCUCGAUGGACGAUAUCUAUUUUGAGCACACGAUUAGCCAGAGGUACACAAACCCCCCCGGGCAGCAGCGCGCGAGGAGCGGUGUCGGCGUGGGGCAGGUCGUUAACAUCAAGGCCAAAGUGAACCGAGCCUUCAACUCCAGCAUGGAGGUGGGCAUCCAGGUGAGCUACGAGGACCUGAGCAGCGGGAAGCACUGCAGCAUCUGCAAGGCUUACGCCACCUUCGUGGCCCAGGGCCCCCCCGGCACCAAGGUGAAGCUGAAGCCGCUGGCCCCGCAGACGGAGGAGGAGAAGAUCGAGCACAGCAUUGCCGCCGAGCGCCGCCGCAUGCGGCUGGUCCACAAGGACACCCUCAAGGACCUCCUCACCCGCAGCCCCCGCAACACCGAGCUGGAGACGCGGGACGGCAGCGUGGUGGUGCCGGCUGAGAAGACGCGGGUAGAGAGCGUGGAGCUGGUGCUGCCCCCACACGCCAACCACCAGGGCAACACCUUCGGCGGGCAGAUCAUGGCCUGGAUGGAGAACGUGGCCACCAUCGCCGCCAGCCGGCUGUGCCAUGCCCACCCCACGCUGCGCGCCAUCGAGAUGUUCCACUUCCGCGGGCCGUCGCAGGUCGGGGACCGCCUGGUGCUCAAAGCCAUCGUCAACAACGCCUUCAAAAACAGCAUGGAGGUGGGGGUCUGCGCCGAGGCGUACGACCAGGAGAUGUCCGUCAGCAGGAGGCACAUCAACAGCGCCUUCAUGACCUUCGUGGUGCUGGACGACGAGGGCCGGCCCCGCACCCUGCCCAUGGUCGUGCCCCAGCCGGGGGACGGAGAGAGGAGGUACAGAGAAGCCAGCGCCAGGAAAAAGAUUCGGCUGGACCGGAAAUACGUCGUGUCCUGCAAGCAGAACGAGGUGCCUCUCUCCGUGCCCUGGGACCAAAGCAACAAGGUUUACCUGAGCUACAACAACGUCUCCGCGCUGAAGACGCUGGUAGCCAAAGCAAACUGGGCGCUUGCCAGGGAAAAGGAGAAGGUGCGGAUAUACACGCUGGAGGAGGACAAGUUCCUGUCCUUCCGCAUCGAGAUGUCCGUCCGCAUCGCCGCCGGCCAGGCCUUCUCCCUGCUCUCCGACCUGCGGCGCCGCCACGAGUGGGACAGGCACUACGCGAGCGCCGAGCUGGUGCAGCAGGUGGACGAGGACGACGCCAUCUACCACGUGCUGAGCCAGACGCUCAGCCACGAGAACAAGCCCCAGGACUUCGUCAUCCUGGCGUCCCGGCGGAAACCCUGCGACAAAGGGGACCCCUACGUGGUGGCGUUUCGCUCGGUGACGCUGCCCACCCACCCGGCCUGCCCCAGCUUCACGCGGGGCGAGACGCUCUGCUCCGGCUUCUGCGUGUGGCCCGAGGGGGAGGAGACGAGCAAGGUGGCCUACUACAACCAGGCGACGCCGGGGUACCUGGCCUACGUCACCACCAACGUGGCCGGGCUCUCCUCCGACUUCUGCGCCACCUUCGAGGCCUGCGAGAGGUUCCUGCUGAAGAACAAGGACGACCUGAUCGCGCGCAUCAGGGACCUCUAGGCUGCCUGGGGGCUUGGCGGAUGGACGGAUGGAUGGAUGGACAGACGGACAAGGCGUUGGCAAGGAGGAAGGGGCACCUGGGCAGGUGGGACGGGGCGCUCGGGCCCUGCCUCCCCGUGGAAUUUGGCCCAAGAGAGGUCGGAGGGACGAGGAUGGACACGGGAAUGCGUCGCCCUCGCGCCGACACAUCACAUACCUAGCCUUUUAUUUUCUUUCUUUUUCUUUCUAAUUUUGUAAGCUGCUGUACAGGACUUGAUUUUCUAGUUCGAUUAAUGCUACUUUAAUCUUUGUAGGAUCCAAACUCUUCCCCAAACUGAUUUAUUAUUAUUAUUUUUUAACUCUUUCUUUAUGGGGAAAUGUUCUCACAGCAGCGGGGCGGGCACAAACACGGAGGUGCUGCUGCCCCCCUGCACAUCCCGGGCUGGGACACGGCUCUGGGGCCCUGCUGCCCCUCGGCUCCCUGCUCAGAGCAGAAGGCAAUGGACACAUCAGGCAGAAAAUGGGGUGUUCUUGCAGGGUUUUGGGUUUUUCUCAGCUCUGGGCAAGCUGGAAGCAGAGGCUGGGCUGCCACCGCUGACUCCAUGCUGGAGCCGUGCCUCUCCCACACCCAAAAACUCGGAUUUUCCACCCAAGAUGCUGGUGGGAUGCCUGUACUGAGCUGAAAUCCCGAUCCCAUCAGGCUGCCCUGCAGUUCUGCCGCCAACUGGGGCUGCAGGGGCAUGUGGAAAGGCAGCAAUAAAAGUGCAUUAAAAGGGAAAAAAAUA